ACGGUCCUGGAGGGUCCGUGAAGGCAGCAGCACUGGACUCUGGAAGUUGGACGUGAACGGGACAGAGGAGACUGCCCAGUCCCUGAGAGGAGCUGAGGGGACCAGGUCGGGUCYAAACCGGUCCUUUGCGCUGGUGGACAUGUUUCCACACCUGAAGACCAACUGAGGACCAGUUUUAUUUGACUUUUUUUAUUCUUUUUUUCUGGUCGAAGCAAGAUGUUGCCCCGAAAAAGCAUCAUCCCGGAGGAGUUCGGUCUGCCGGGUCUGGUCUCGCGGAUGCCCCGCAAGCCGGUGUUCAAGGACCGCGUGAACAAGGCGCGCUUCAUCGCCAAGAACGGCUCGUGCAACCUGGCGCACAAGAACAUCCGCGAGCAGGGCCGCUUCCUGCAGGACGUGUUCACCACGCUGGUGGACCUGAAGUGGCGCUUCACGCUGGUCAUCUUCACCACCACCUUCGUCAGCAGCUGGCUGCUGUUCGCGAUGAGCUGGUGGCUCGUGGCGUUCGCGCACGGCGACCUGGACCCGGAGCGCCAGAACCUGAGCCACUGCGUCACCGACGUCAAGUCUUUCACUUCAGCCUUCCUCUUCUCCAUCGAAGUCCAGGUGACCAUCGGCUUCGGGGGCCGGAUGAUAACGGAGCAGUGUUUAGCCGCCAUCUUGGUCCUCAUCUUGCAGAACAUCGUGGGACUCAUCAUCAAUGCGAUCAUGCUGGGUUGUAUCUUUAUGAAGACGGCUCAGUCGAACCGCCGUGCGGCCCGCUGUACGACCUGUCAGCCAUGGAGCUGCAGUGCAGCGACCUGGAGGUAAUCGUCAUUCUGGAGGGAGUCGUGGAGACGACGGGCAUCACCACGCAGGCCCGGACCUCCUACGUCUCUGAUGAGAUCCAGUGGGGUCACCGAUUUGUUCCCAUAGUAACAGAAGAAGAGGGCGUGUACUCUGUGGACUACUCCAAAUUCGGCAACACAGUUAGAGUGACGACGCCGGACUGCAGCGCCAGAGAGCUGGACGAGAAGCCCUUCAUUUUGAUCCAGACGCUUCAGAAGAGCGAGCUGUCGCACCAGAACUCGCUGAGGAAGCGCAACUCCAUGAGACGCAACAACUCCAUGAGGAAGAGCGCCGGCAGCAGCGCGAGCUUGCGCAGGAACAACUCUGGAGUCGUUUCACCCAAAGUCCAGUUCUUCACCCCGAGCGAUGGGGGCCAGAACCUGAACGCCGUCACCUGACAUGAGGCCUGCCUUCUGACGGUCUCCAUGCUCCUCCUGUGUGGACUGAGGACUGUAGSAGGACCGGUUUCCCUAAUGGGACUACUUCUUCUGUUGAUCGCCUUAACUCGACUCUUGUCUCCACACGUUCUGUGCUAAUGUGUUUAUGCUAUUAAUCUAAACAUUUCUUUACACAACGCACUAAAUAGAUUUUAAACAGMGCUAAGUCACACAACCAUGGGAUUUUUCUUAAAGCAAAGUUUUCUAAACUUUAAUUGUUGUGUAGAGAAACAUUUGCACAAAUUACAGCACUUUAUAGUCUUAAACUUUAAAUUUUCACAAUA